CACUAUAAAUACUUCACCAUUUUUAGAAGAAGCAUGCUUCAAAGCCACUCACACACUCUUCUAAUACCUCGCAUUCCCCCCACACAUUAGAAUCAAUAGUUCAUCAUCAUUCCCUAGAAUUACAAUAGUAGAUUCCAAUUAGGGUUUGGGUUUGGUUUCAGUUUCAUACCUCGGAAACCAUACCAAACAAAGAAAAAAAACCACCUCCAAAAUUUCAUGUUCGAACCUCCAAAAUUUCUCACACUAAAUGUUCAGUUUCUGCAGUUACAGCAAAUUCUUCAUCCUUUUCCUAUGCACUCUUCUACGCUAUUUCAUUGCAUAACCCUCAAAUUUUCCUUUUUAAGGUUCAAUUCAAAUCUUCCCCAAUUAUGGAAACAACUCAAAUUCAUCUCCCACUUUCCAUAUCAAAUCCCUAACAUUAAAACAUUCACCUCUCACAAUGCAUAAAUCUUCUGAACAAAAAGAUGGAUCUGAAUCAGAAACUCCAAAUUGCUUCGAUUCGUUCACUCAUUUAGCUUCAACAAAACCUAUUUGUUCACACAAGAACACUUUUCCUAUGAAACGCACCGUUCGUCCUCUCUUCGUUCUUCUACUUGUUCUCGUUUUCGUCGCCACGCUCACUUCACGCGCCAUUCUUCGUAGAAGCUUACUCUCAGUUGAGCUCGAAACGCGCGUUUUAACGCGCGAUUUAUCGCCGUUAAACGCCACACUCCUCCAACACGCCGCAGUCGAGAUCGGCGAGGAGAAAUCCCGGAAAGAGAUCCAGCAGCUUCUCGACGGUAAUUUCGCUAGCCAAGCGCGGCAUCGAACAUUCGUCUCCUGGCGAAGGUUCAUCCAUCAUGAUUCCGAUAGGAACCUUCCGGCGACAUUAAGGUCGCCGCUUUUUUAUCGGUAUUGGCUUGAUUUCCGGCGAGUUUUGCAUGAUUGGGCGAGGAAACGUCGGUUUCAACCCGGAAUCAUGGGCGAGUUAACUCGGUCGGUUAAGGUUCCGCUGGAUCGGUUCAACAAAGUGGUUGAUGUUGCUGCUGCUGCAAAAUCUGGUGAUAAGAAGUAUUCAUCAUGUGCUGUUGUUGGGAACAGUGGAAUUUUGCUUAAUAGAAACUAUGGUUCUUUAAUUGAUGCACAUGAGUUUGUUAUAAGGUUAAACAAUGCUAGGGUUGAUAACUAUGAAAACAAAGUUGGGAAAAAAACAAGUAUUUCAUUUGUGAAUAGCAACAUUUUGCAUUUGUGUGCAAGAAGAGCAGGGUGUUUUUGUCACCCAUAUGGUCCUAAUGUUCCUAUUGUUAUGUACAUUUGUCAAGCAGUGCAUUUCUUGGAUUACACUGUUUGUAAUGGUUCACACAAAGCACCUUUGUUGGUUACUGAUCCUAGGUUCGAUGUGUUGUGUUCUAGGAUUGUGAAGUAUUACUCAUUGAAGAGAUUUGUGGAGGAAACAGGUAAAGGUUUGGAACAAUGGAGUUCAGCUCAUGAUGGUGCUUUGUUUCAUUAUUCUUCCGGUAUGCAAGCUGUGAUGUUGGCUUUAGGGAUAUGUGAUAAAGUUAGUAUUUUUGGGUUUGGUAAAUCACCUUUGGCUAAACAUCAUUAUCAUACUAAUCAGAAAUCUGAACUUCAUUUGCAUGAUUAUGAGGCUGAAUAUGCUUUUUAUCGUGACCUUGUUGAUGGACAUAAGGCUAUACCGUUUGUAUCAGACAAGUUUAAGAUUCCUCCUGUUGUCAUGUAUCGAUGACAGGGAAUUCUCUUGUUGUAAUACUUGUGGAAUGCAUAGAUAUAUAGUGGAAGGGAUUACUGAGUUUGGUUUGAGAUUAUUUUUUUGUUUUAACAAGUUUGUAUUGUCCCAUAUGUAGCCUCAAGGCAACAUCAAAGUGUAAAUUUUGGUUAGAAUCAAUAUAGAAUGAUGAUGAUGCGCAUCUAUGAUGUGUUAUUCAAGAA